CCUGCUGCAACAACCCGUGUACUAGUAUGCUGUGCUGGCACAGCCCAUAGAUGGUUCCCGGGUCUCGGGACCCCGAAACUGCUUUAUUCACAACCAACACGAUCCCACAUACAGAACUCAUUGAAUUUUUUUACAAGUAGAAUGGCCCCAUCGAAGAAACCUCAGAGACGUGCUAAAGCACCAUUGCCGAUGCGGUCCCGCACAACCAGAUCCAAGGGCAGACCUAUAACAGAUCCAGAACAGAAUACCCAGCUUCUUACGGAGCAACUUCGCUUGCAGGGUCUCUACGCUGCUCAAACUGUGGGCGAUGGCAAUUGCCUAUUUCGGGCUCUCUGCGAUCAAUUCUACGGCUCGCCGUCGCAGCACCUCCAGCUGCGCAAAGAUAUAUGCGACUGGAUCGAGAGCCAUGCGCAUCGCUAUCAACCCUUUUGUGAGGAUGAGCGUGGACUAAGCGCCCAUUUACGGUGCAUGCGAGAACAAGGCACUUAUGGCGGGCACCUUGAACUUUCUGCAUUUGCGCACUUUGCGCGAAGGAAUGUCAAGGUCAUCCAGCCUGGAUUGGUAUAUGUCAUUGAGUGGAAAGCGGGUGCCGAGAGCGAUGAACAGUCAUCAUCUCAAGAUAACGAGCGAGAUACGCGUAGGAAAAAGAGGCAACAGCAGCGCGACGAGAUGAUGAACGAUUCACAGGAGUCAGAGGGGACGAUAUAUGUCGCAUAUCAUGAUUGGGAACAUUUUUCUUCAAUACGAAACUUGAGGGGGCCGCACGCUGGCCUUCCCGAGGUUUGCGAGCUACCUGCUGACGCAGUCCCGCCUACCCCUUCGCCUGCCAAGAAGAAACCUGUAUCCCGUACCAAAGCCAAAUCAGGUUCUAAGAUUAUGCUGAAGAAUAGUCCAAUCGACAGGAUUAGAUCGAAUCGUGAAAAUGCACCACCAACGCCUGCACAUAUUCCACUCCCCAUAUCCCGCUCACCCUCACCACUAUCUUCCGCUAAUUCCUUGAGCAUUGAUGCAGACUCGCUACUUCCUGUUCCUGGUCAGCCGACUGGUCCCCACCAGUCUUUUACAUCGACCGUUAGAGCUCAACGGUCACCUAAGCGAUCCUUUGAUGAAUCAUCUGGAUCAUCAACAUCUGAUGCGAUCUCCAAACGAACGCGAAGCUCACGUCGAUCGCCCUCUCACGCACCCCCGAGUCAAGUCAGGGCAGAUGAUGAUGUGGAUGAUUCGACUCCUGACCUCUCCACUCCCGCCUCCUCCGCAGAAUCCAGCCCUUCAUCAUCUGCCGCUUCAUCUCCACUUCCUAGUACCCCUCCCGCAUGUAAUACACCGCCUCCCGAAUCCCAGAAACCCCUUACUCGACGCCAGCGCAAGGCUCUCGGGCUUCCAAAGCUACGUCCUGCGUAUACAAGUGCGGGAAAGAUCGUCAUUCCUGGCGGGAAAUUCAAGCAAGCUUCUAAAGCGGCGGACGAUGAGGAAUGGCAGAAGAACGGCACCGGGCGGCUUGACGUGCGCGGGUUCCGCGAACUCAAGAUCUAGCCUUCAUGCAUCAUCAAAGACCCCGCCACGAAUCUGCACGCAUAUUUUACGCCAUUUCAUCUAGAACAUUGGUCAUAUCCACGCUGUGAUACCCAACAUACACCAUACUAGCAUUCCCAUCAUAUAACUCCCCCCAUCCACGAAUAUGUUUCCGGCAGUCCUGGUGACCUGGUGCGGCGUCAUUUCUGUGUUACAUACGAGCACUUGGAGCUUCAUAUAUAGAAGUUCGGACAUCUGCACGAUUGUAUUUUAGCAAGUUGCAUAUGUAAGCUAACAUCCUGCAAGUAAUGUGUUAUUGUGAUGCUUGCAUAUCGAUGCAUUCGA